GGUUGAAGCUUUGCGAGAAGCAGCAACUGCUAUUGAGCAAGAAAAAGAAGUCCUCCUGGAGAUGAUCCACAGCAUCCAGAACAGCCAGGACAUGCGGCAGAUCAGUGAUGGAGAACGAGAAGAACUGAAUCUGACUGCAAACCGUUUGAUGGGACGAACCCUCACCGUUGAAGUUUCAGUAGAAACAAUCAGAAACCCACAGCAGGAAGAGUCCCUGAAGCACGCCACGAGGAUUAUAGAUGACGUGGUCAGCAAGUUCCUGGAUGACCUGGGCAGUGCCAAAUGUCACUUAAUGUCACUCUACAGCGCGUGUUCUUCUGAGGUGCCACCAGGCCCAGUGGAUCAGAAGUUUCAGUCUAUAGUGAUUGGUUGUGCUCUUGAGGAUCAGAAGAAAAUCAAGAGAAGACUAGAGACUCUGCUUAGAAACAUCGAGAACUCAGACAAGGCCAUCAAGCUGCUAGAGCAUUCGAAAGGAGCCAGCUCCAAAGUUCUGCAAGCAAAUGCCGAGAGCAGACUGAACUAGUCUCCAAGCUUACAGGCACACGGGUCAUGUCAAGAUGCUAAGAUGCUACUUUAAGUGACAGUAGUUCUUUAUGUCAGGCAUAGCCACUUACUUGAUAGGAACAGUUAUUUCAGAUGAGGAAACUAUUGCAGUGUCAGUUUUGCAACUCAAUUGAAACUAGUAUUUUAAUUAUCUAGAGAUUUUAGACUGAAUCCUUGCCUCAUACUAGGAUAUAGCACUAUGUAUUUUACUAUUUUGUAGAUGAGCACAGUAUGUGGGGAAAGUAAAGCUCAGCUAGGGGCAAAGUGUCACUGGUCUUUGCUAGACUGGGACAGAGAAAUCGAUCCGGGACUGGAGCCUUCAGAAGCUCCUGCCUUCUGCAGUGCACACCCUGCGCGAACAGCAAGUGUGCCUCGAUUCCAGGGAACACAGGCAAGCCUGUCCUGCAUCCUCCCACUCAUACAGAUGUCUCCAGGCAUCUGUUUAUACCAGAUUACUUUGAAGCUAAAGAUUUAUGCAUAAUAUAUUUUUACAUACUUGAACACAUGGGUUAGAAUGUGAGACAAUCAUCUUUCGUUUUACCAGUGUGAAUAAUUACAUAUUCACUUGGUCUCUCAAAUGCAUUCUUCUAAAAUUUCUACGUUGUAACUUGCCUUUUCUUAAAAUGCUGCUUGUCAAUUUAAAAGGCUGUCUUUUUGUAGCUGUGCCAUAAAGUACUUGUCCAUUCCCCCCUUGGACAUAUGGGUUGUUUGGAGCUUGUUGCUGUUACUGAGACGUGUUCAUGUACACAGCACUUUCUCUUCCUUGUUUCAGUUCCCAGCUUGGGGUGCACUGGGUCAAAGGUUUAUACAUUUUCAUGGCCUGACACUUCUACAUUUUUUUGGUAUAAAUGCUGUGAGUUUAUACUGUCUUCAUUAAUUAAAUGUAGCCAAUUCACUGAAAUCUUUUCAACACUGAUGAUUAAAUUUUUCUAACAUUAAGACAUAAAACACCUUA